UGAUGGAGGCAGCCUCUUCCACUUCCCCAGGUGACAGGGCCACGAGCAACAAGCCAGUCAGCCGCCCGGCUUCCAGCAAAGACUUUGACAGUGAUUAUGAACUUUGCUCAGAGAUAACCCUAACCUACACCGAGGAGUUUUCGGACAAUGACCUGGAGUAUCUGGAAUGUUCCGACAUCAUGACAGAUCACUCUAAUGCGAUUUGGCAAAGGGACCUGCAGGGGACUGAGCGUGUUUUUUUAUUAGAAAGCGAUGACGGAGAGAUGGAAUUCAGUGAGUGUUGCCUGGGUGGGUGUGAGAAUUUCCUCAGUGAAAUGGGUUGUGAGCCUCUGGUGUCGGAUGACGCCGGGCCUAUGGAUGCCACUGCUGGCCUCUGUGGUUAUCACUCACCAUCCCAAGCAGUGGAGGCAAGGAGCAGCCUAGCCUCCGUGCACAGUGCCUCAUCCCCGCAAACAGGGGUGACCCUGCCUGUGGGACCUCACCAGGAUGGAACGUCUGUGGUGACAGACCAGGGGAGAUAUAAACCACCCACUGCUCCUGAAGCAGCUGAAGAUGGUUAUCCAGGAACUCAAGGGGAAACCAGAGACGGCCACCAGGCAGGAAAGGAAUUUGCCAGUGACAAUCUGCUAAACGUGGAUAAAGCAGUGACAGAGAGAGAGAGGAAGCACUUAUCUGGUGAGUUAGGAGAAUCAGGGAUGAACCAGUGUUUGGAGACCGUGGCUGAGAAAAGAUUAGGGGGAAAAGACUUAUUGAGCCGGAGAGGCUCAGAGAAACCUGCCAGGGCGAGGCGACCGGGGAUUAAGGGAGAAGCCAAGAAGCUGAACCCCAGCCUGGAAGAAAGGGCAACAGAAGCCUCCUUGAAUCGCCUGUAUCCCGGAGGACCUGUUAAGCACCCACUAACCCCAAGUGACAAAAGAGAGAGUUCCCAUGCCAAAGCAGAAGCGACUGAUUUGAAUUCCCAGUUCCAUGCAGGAGGCUGUGCUGUUCCAACGCAAGCAGAGCAAGAAGCAAAAGUCCUGCAGACUCCACCAGGCUCCCUCUCCAAGGAAGGGAACUUGGACUUGCAGGGAGAAGGGCUGUGGGUUAAAAACGUACUUGAAACAAGCAGGGUUCCAGACUGGAGUGAUCAUCCUCAGGAAGGUGCCAUCUCCCCUCAGACACCAGAUUUCCUCAUCCACCAAAUGGAGGCUCCAGUAUUACUGAAAAAGAUCCAGGCUGAGAUGUUCCCUGACCACUCUGGAAACGUAAAAUUAAGCUGCCAGUUUGCAGAGAUUCAUGAAGAUUCUACUGUCUGGUGGAUGAAAGAUUCAAAGUCGAUAGCCCAAGUGCAGAGAAGAGCAGGAGACAGCUCCACUGUGUCCUUGGCCAUCCUUCAAGCCAGUCAGAAGGACCAGGGCCUCUAUUCUUGCUGCGUCAAGAACAGUUACGGGAAAGUGACUACGGAAUUUAACCUCACCACAGAAGUUCUCAAACAACUUUCAAGUCACCCAGAUGUUAAAGUAUACGAAGAGAUUGAAUUCAGCCAACUCAUCUUCAGAGGAGACUUCCUCAGUGACAGCUACUUCGGGGGCCGUCUGCGCGGUCAGAUUGCCACGGAGGAAUUGCACUUUGGGGAAGGGGUCCACCGGAAAGCCUUCCGCAGCAAAGUGAUGCAGGGCCUCACACCAGUCUUCAAGCCCGGCCACGCCUGUGUGCUUAAGGUGCACAAUGCCGUUGCCUACGGGACCAGAAACGAUGAUGAGCUCAUCCAGAGGAACUACAAACUCGCCGCCCAGGAAUGCUACGUUCAAAAUACCGCCAGAUACUAUGCCAAGAUCUAUGCCGCUGAAGCACAGCCUCUGGAAGGCUUUGGAGAAGUGCCAGAGAUCAUUCCUAUUUUUCUUAUCCAUCGACCUGAGAACAAUAUCCCAUACGCAACAGUGGAGGAAGAGCUGAUUGGAGAAUUUGUGAAGUAUUCCAUCAGGGAUGGGAAGGAGAUAAACUUCUUGAGAAGAGAAUCGGAGGCUGGUCAGAAAUGUUGCACCUUCCAGCACUGGGUCUACCAGAAGACAAGUGGCUGCCUCCUGGUCACAGACAUGCAGGGUAACCAAAAACUGGCGCUCUAUAUCCUCAAUAGGCACAAAUUCAGAAGUACACAUGAAAAUCCAGAUGUACCAAAAGAUAAAUUAAAAUGUGUAGGAAUGAAGUUGACUGACGUUGGCAUAGCAACAUUGGCUAAAGGGUACAAAGGAUUUAAAGGCAACUGUUCCAUGACCUUCAUUGAUCAGUUUAAAGCGCUACACCAGUGUAACAAGUAUUGUAAAAUGCUGGGGCUGAAGUCACUUCAAAACAACAGCCAGAAACAGAAGAAGCCAAGCAUCGGGAAAAGCAAAAUUCAGCCAAACUGCACAACCGUGAAGAAGACGGCAUCUGGGACCCCAGCAGAAAAGAAAACCUAACAUCUCCUGUUAACUAAUGGUCACCGGCUGGCAGCACACAGCCUUGUGGGUAGAAAUUUGAAAACACCCUGGAGGGAACACAUAGCCUGCAGAGAGCAGCGUGACACUCCUUAUUCCCAGCUGCCUGUACUCCGAGCUGCUUCCAAAGCCGUCACCUGCUGUCUUCACUGAGAUGAUUUCGGAGCAGGAUUUGUGAGCAGGCUUAUGGAGAGACUGAAUCCAUUGUCAGUCUCAAAGAAGUCCAUCUUUGUCUAUACCGUUAGCCUUUGUACCAACCUCACAUUAUGUGUCUGUUUGUGUAUUUGCACGUGGCUGUCUCCUUACGGACUUGGUCCUGAGCAGGGUAUGUCCACAGCCCCAGUCUUCCCCACCCCCAUUCCUAACCUCAGAAUUUCUGGACAUCCAGCUACUAUAUCAACAGAAAACGUGAAUUCCGUCAUUGGGUCUAUCCGUCGCACUAGAGUCGAUUAUGCUCUUGUAGCUGGAGGAGGGCUUCUGAAACGUCAGGCCACUUCCCAUCAUUACUCACGUAUCUGGUUAGAAUGUUCUGUUUAAUUAAAUUCAUCUUUAGACAAAAAGUGUAAGAUGCAUGUAUUAGCACAGACACUUCUCUUUAGAAUUUGUGCCCUAUUUCACAUUCCUCCAGGAUUAGUAAUUUCCUAAUACGUCUCCCGGAGCACAGAAUAUUUGCAUCUGUGUGUUUUUCCCUAUUCUUAUAAGCACUACUUCCAGUUUGAUCCACUUCCUACUUUGCUCUCUAAAUCCAAGCUCCCUAAACCUAGGGCUGCCCCAUGUAGGAUUACUCUGGAAGCUGCGUGCAAAUCCUGGCUGGGACACAUAAGCUCACAGGGUCCUGGUCCCACCCGCCUAUUCCAAAGGGGUCUCCUUCCUACCAGUCUGGGUCCUGCCCAGCUGUGGGGCAGAAUGGCCACAGCAGUGCACGUUGGGCAAGAGGAAACGCUGGAAGGACAGCUCAGCGACUGCUUCACGCACCCCACACUAUAAGAACAUCUCAAGCCCCAGCAGUGUGCUGUUGUUAUUGUCUAAGUAAUAGACUAUUUUUUAGAGCACUUUUACGUGUACCAAAAAAUGAGUGGAAAGUACAGAGUUCCCAUAUGGCCCCUUACGGCCAUUGCACAUUUCCCCCUAUUGUUUUAGCAUCUUACGUUAGUGUGAUACAUUUCUUAUCACUGAGGAGCCAGUAUUGACACGUUAUGAUUCAUUAAAGCCCAUAGUUUACAUUUCAGCCCACUCUUUGUGCUCACACACUCUGGGUUUUGGCACACAUACAGUGACAUGGAUCCACCACCACAGCAUCACCCACGGUCGUUUUGCUGCCCUAAAAAUCCCCUGUGUUCCACCGAUUUCUCCCUCCUUCCCCGGACACCCAACUCCUGGUAGCCACCGGUUGUUUUACUGUCUCCAUAGUUUUGCUUUUUUCCAGAAGGGAACAAAGGAGGAAACCUACAGGAUGUAGCCUUUUCAGAUAGCUGGUUGUUUUUAAAGAUGCUUCAACUACUCCCUGACCAGGGAGGAUUAUUAGGCCUCCUCUGAGGGGGCUCCUCAAACUGAAAGUGGACACAAACCCCCUGGGAUCUUGUGAAAAUGCAGGCUCUGAUUCGGUGGGUCUGGGGUGGGGCCUGAGACUCCGCAUUUCCGUCACACUCCCAGGGGAUCUGCGUACUGGCCUGGGACCACGCUUAGGAGGGGUGUCUAGAUCACAGGGAGGAAGGGCCUGAAAUGUUGAGGGGAGUGACUCGGCCUAGAGUUCAAAUAGCAGUCGGCGGGAGGAGGCAUCCAGCUGCUUCAGUUCCGGGAGGGAGCAACUUGGAGACAAAGAGAAACAGGGCAGCAGCGCUCACAGUACGGGGUGGUCACCGUGUGCAGCCCCUCCCAGGCAGCAGGCUUCCACAGGAGACUCCUGGCUGCUUCCGCUUGAGCAUACUGCUCUCCACGGGCAUGGGGUUUAGAUAAAAAAGAGGACAUAGAUGCGAUUUUUGUUUUGAAAAGAGAUUUGAAGGAGAAAACUCUUCAGCUACUCACAGCUCAUCCUUUCAGAAAAUCUGUCAUCUCCAGCUUUUCUUCUGAAAUGACUCCCCCAGCUACAGAUGACAAAAUGCUCAUUUUUUUCUAUGAGGCAGCCUGUAGCCUGCUUUCCCUGCAGAGAUCCUGCAGAUGUAUUUGGCAGUGGAGCUCUAGAAAGUUCCAUAAGAACAAAGCGCAGGGCACAUUUUGAUUGAAAUUAGUGUAUAUACAUCAGUGUGGGUGUGACCAAAGACCCUCUCUUUGGUAAUAAUUUGUAAUUAUAAAAAUAUCAGGGCUUCCCUGGUGGCGCAGUGGUUGCGCGUCCGCCUGCCGAUGCAGGGGAACCGGGUUCGCGCCCCGGUCCGGGAAGAUCCCACGUGCCGCGGAGCGGCUGGGCCAGUGAGCCAUGGCCGCUGAGCCUGCGCGUCCGGAGCCUGUGCUCCGCAACGGGAGAGGCCACAACAGAGGGAGGCCCGCAUACCACAAAAAAA